UUCUCUCCUGUGCGGCCAUCCACGAACAGCAGAGGCCGCCAAUAGGGUCCUCCUGUACCCACAGUCCGCAAAGGUCUCAUCUAUCGUCAGCAAGAACUACAGAACCGCGUACCAUUUCCAGCCCCGCAAGAACUGGAUCAACGUUUGUGGCCACUAGACCUUUGGUCUCUGCUAUGUUAGAGCAGAUGCGUCUAUCCUGGAUUCUAACUUGUCCUCUUCACCUUAUUCACAUAAUCACAUGACAUUGAAAUUCUCGUGCGGCGACGGCGAUGACACACAGAUCCAAAUGGACCUAUGUACUACAAGGGCGUGUACCACCUCUUCUACCAGUACAACCCCGGCAGCGUGAUCCCGGGCAACAAGACCUGGGCUCACUCCGUCUCCACGGACCUCAUCAACUGGGUCCGGCUGCAACCGGCGCUAGAGCGGACGGAGCCUUACGACGCCAAGGGCUGCUGGUCCGGCUCGGCGACGAUCCUCGGCGACGGCCAGCCAGCCAUCCUCUACACCGGCGCAGACGACGUGAAGAACCAGGCCCAGUGCAUCGCCUUCCCCAGCAACCUCUCCGAUCCCUACCUCCGGGAAUGGACCAAGCCGGACAGCAACCCGGUGAUCCGGCCGGUCGGACCUGGCCUGAACCGGAGCCAGUUCAGGGAUCCGACCACCGGCUGGGCCGGACCGGAUGGGCAAUGGAGGAUAGCUGUUGGGGCCGAGCUCAACGGCUACAGCGCGGCACUCUUGUACAAGAGCCAGGAUUUUGUACACUGGAACAGAGUUGAGCACCCACUUUACUCUUCCAACUCAUCCACCAUGUGGGAGUGCCCGGACUUCUUCGCCGCGAUCCCCGGCAACGGCAGUGGGCUUGACCCCUCCAUGGCGGCCCCGAGCGGCGCCAAGCAUGUCCUCAAAGUGAGCCUAGAUUCAUGUGACAAGUACAUGGUUGGGGUUUAUGAUCUGAAACGUGACGAGUUUGUGCCGGAUACCGUCCUGGAUGACCGGAGGCUGUGGCCGAGAAUAGAUUACGGCAAUUACUAUGCUUCGAAGUCGUUCUUUGACGCGAAAAAGGGGAGGAGGAUCAUAUGGGGUUGGACUAAUGAGUCGGAUAGUUCGUCAGAUGAUUCUGCGAAAGGCUGGGCUGGGAUCCAGGCAAUCCCCAGGACAAUAUGGUUAGAUUGCCAAAGCAAGCAGUUGCUGCAAUGGCCAGUUGCAGAGGUGGAAUCCCUUCGCCGAAAUGGAAUCAGUCAUCAAGGGAUAGAGCUGGAAAAGGGUGGCUUAUUUGAGAUUAAGGGGACUGAUACUUUGCAGGCGGAUGUGGAGAUAGACUUUGAGCCUGAAGCCAUGGACAGCAUUGAUCCUUUUGAUCCUUCCUGGCUCAUGGACACCGAGAAGCAUUGCAGGAAAGUAGAUGCAUCGGUUCAUGGUGGCCUGGGGCCGUUUGGACUUGCUGUACUGGCAUCUGCUAACAUGGAGGAGCACACUGCUGUGCACUUCAGAGUCUACAAAGCAGAGCACAAGUACAUGAUUCUUAUGUGUUGUGAUCUAAGAAGGUCGUCCCUGAGACCAGGCCUCUACACGCCGGCCUAUGGAGGCUUCUUCGAAUUUGACCUUGAAGAGGAAAGGAAGAUAUCUUUGAGAACAUUGAUUGAUCGGUCAGCAGUGGAGAGCUUCGGCGGCGGUGGCAAGGUCUGUAUCAUGGCGAGAGUUUACCCGGCAACGCUCAUCGAAGAUGGAGGUGCUCGUAUGUAUGCCUUCAACAAUGGCACGAGUACAGUCAAGGUGUCGCAGCUCAAGGCAUGGAGCAUGAGGAGAGCACAUGUAAAUGUGAAGAAGGCAUGAAAUACUUGACCCAACAAAACAAAGCAAUGCUGAUUGACAAUGUUGAGUGAUUGAACUAUCUCAUGAUUUUAAUGUUUAACACUUUACUUUUUUUUCCUCCCAUUCAUCACCACUGCUUGACCACUAGUCACAUUGUUGCGGGCUACUUGGUAGUGGUACUGGGUAGAAAUGAAGCAUAUAUUGCUUUUGAGAA